UCAAGGCCAGGAGGCCUCUCCGGAUUAUGAUCAGAAGAGGAGUCCUUCUCAUGGGUCACAUGGGAUGUCCUUGAGAUCCUCUCGGCAGAGAACAAAGGAUGGAGGAGGAGGAGAUGUGGAGAGGCGACCAAGGAGGGACAAGACCCUCACAGAUCAGAACGAAAGCACCUCUCUAAUCCCAAAUCAGAAGGGAAUUCGUACAGAGAAUAAAUCGGAGUGUGGAAAGAGCUUCACUGAAGGCGGAGGUCUACAUUCAUAUCCAAGAGCCUAUUCUGUGGAGAAACCCUAUAAAUGCCUGGAGUGUGGGAAGAGUUUCACUCAAAAAGCACAUCUACAGAGACAUCACCGAAUUCACACUGGGGAGAAACCCUAUGAAUGCUUUGAAUGUGGGAAGAGCUUCAAUGCUAGUGGAGGACUACAUUCACAUCAAAGGACACACACAGGGGAGAAACCCUAUACAUGCUUUGAAUGUGGGAAGAGCUUCACUACUAGUGGAGGACUGCAUUCACAUCAAAGGACACACACAGGGGAGAAACCCUAUACAUGCUUUGAAUGUGGGAAGAGCUUCACUGCUAGUGGAGGACUACAUUCACAUCAAAGGACACACACAGGGGAGAAGCCCUAUAAAUGCCUUGAGUGUGGGAAGAGUUUCACUCAGAGUGCACAUCUACAGACACAUCACAGAAUUCACACUGGGGAAAAACCCUAUAAAUGCAUGGAGUAUGGGAAGAGGUUCACUAAGAGUAGAAGUCUGCGUUCACACCAAAGGACGCACACAGGGGAGAAGCCCUAUAAAUGCCUGGAGUGUGGGAAGAGAUUCACUCAGAAUAGUAAUCUACGUUCCCAUCAAAGGACUCAUAUUCAGGAGAAAUCAUACAAAUGCAUGCAGUGUGAGAAGAGCUUCACUCAGAGGACACAUCUACAGAAACAUUACAGAAUUCACACUGGGGAGAAACCCUAUAAAUGCCUGGAGUGUGGGAGAAGCUUUGCUUAUGACUCGGGUCUGAAAGAGCACCUGAAGAUCCACACUGGGGAAAAACCCUUUACAUGUCCUCAGUGUGGAAACAACUUCCGUAGUAGUUGUGCCCUCAAAUCACACCAGAAGGUUCACACCGGAGAAAAACCCUAUGCAUGUCCUGAAUGCGGAAGACGCUUUGCUCAUAAGUCGACCCUAGUUGUACACCGGAGGGUGCACAUGGGGGAAAAGCCAUACGAAUGCUCUGAUUGUGGGAAGACCUUCCAUCAGAGACCACACCUCGUUGUGCACCGGAGAGUUCAUACGGGGGAGAAGCCCUUCCGGUGUGCUGAAUGCGGAAAAACCUUUACUCAGACAAGCCACCUUACCGUCCACCGGAGAAUCCACACAGGAGAGAGACCUUAUCCCUGCACCGUGUGUGGGAAGGCUUUUAAAACGGGGAAGGCCCUUAGUGGCCAUCAAAGAAUCCACACUGGAGAGAAGCCCUAUACGUGUUUGGAGUGCGGGAAAAGCUUCGCUCAGAGCGCAGCCCUUUCUAUACAUCGGAAAACCCACACUGGAGAGAAGCCGUAUCCCUGCUUCGAGUGUGGAAAGAGCUUCAGAAGUGGGCCAGAACUCACUUGUCACCAGAGGAUCCACUCUGGGGAGAAACCAUAUCAAUGCUCUGAAUGUGGACAGCGAUUCAGUCAAAGCUCAAACCUUGCUACACAUAAAAAGGUUCACAAAAAGGGGAAACUAUAGCCAAACUUCAUGUGAGGGGAAAAAAUACUCUUCUGCAUCUUAUGUGACCAAUUUAAGGCUAAAUCUGGCCUACCAUGUCAUUGUAUUGAUUCAAUAAUGUAGAUGCCCUCUUAAUUCUACCAGUAACCACACAUCUUAUCAGAUCCAUACAAGAAAGGAAACAGUUUUUCAUAUGGUUGUCAUCCUAUGAAGGAAUACACACAUUUGAUAUAUUUGGAAAUAAUUGCCAUGGUUUUUUAAAAUAAAAGUUUGUACCAGGAGC